UAAAUAUCCUCAAACGUGUGUUAAACGAGACCGGGUAAAAUGAUAUGUCUGCGUAGUUCAAAGAUGAGCUCCUGUGCUGUAUUUAUCUCCCCUCCGUCUGUAGUCGGUUGGUUUCGCCCAAACUUGGUUCAGAUUUGAGUUGCUGUUCUCUGUUAUCUGGGAUCGCUCCACUGGAGGAGAAGGACCGUCUGUCCCCUCGCUGCUUUUGCUGUCAAUGGCUUUCUGGACCUAUUUUAUUUGAAUGUCUGGGCCCUUGACGUGACCAAUAAUGGAUAUCCUCUGGAUAUUAUGGACCAUACCGUCCGUCAUAGCAGUUGAAGAGAUGCUGAUGGACUCCACCACGGCCACAGCGGAGCUCGGCUGGACAGUCUUCCCCGUGUCAGGGACCAGUGAGAACAGCUGGGAGGAGGUGAGCGGUUACGAUGAAAACAUGAACACCAUCCGGACGUACCAGGUCUGCAAUGUGUUUGACAACAAUCAGAACAACUGGGUGCGGACCAAGUACAUCAGGCGCCGUGGUGCACAGAGGAUCCACGUGGAGAUGAAGUUCUCAGUCAGGGAUUGCAGUAGCAUCCCGAACGUACCCGGCUCAUGCAAAGAGACAUUCAAUCUCUUUUACUAUGAGUCUGAUUCUGACACUGCAACCAGAACUUCUCCGGCCUGGAUGGAAAACCCCUGGAUCAAGGUAGACACUAUUGCAGCAGAUGAGAGCUUCUCCCAGGUGGACCUGGGAGGAAGGGUGAUGAAGAUCAACACUGAGGUCAGGAGCUUUGGCCCGGUGUCCCGUAAUGGAUUCUACCUGGCCUUUCAAGACUACGGUGGUUGCAUGUCUCUCAUAGCUGUCCGCGUCUUCUACCGGAAGUGUCCACGCAUCAUCACCAACGGGGCACUGUUUCAGGAAACUCUCUCCGGGGCAGAGAGCACCUCCCUUGUUGCUGCACGUGGCGUUUGUAUCCCGAAUGCAGAAGAGGUGGACGUACCCAUUAAACUGUACUGCAACGGUGACGGAGAAUGGAUGGUUCCCAUUGGGCGCUGCAUGUGCAAGUCUGGGAACGAGCCCGUGGAGAAUGGAACUGUUUGUAGAGCCUGUCCUUCAGGCUUUUUUAAGCCGACCCAAGGAGACGAGCCCUGUCUGCAGUGUCCCAUCAACAGCCGAACCACCAGCGAGGGCGCCAUCAACUGCGUGUGUCGCAACGGAUUCUAUCGCACAGACUCCGACCCACUCCAGAUGCCAUGCACAACUGUUCCCUCGGCUCCACAGAAUGUCAUCUCCAGUGUAAAUGAAACCUCUGUGAUGCUGGAUUGGAUGCCCCCUCGGGACUCAGGGGGCCGGGAGGAUGUCGUUUUUAACAUCAUCUGCAAGAGCUGCGGUGGAGGACGGGGAGGCUGCACCCGCUGCGGGGACAAUGUUCAGUUUUUGCCCCGUCAGCUGGGCCUGACAGAGCCCCGGGUCUAUAUCAGUGACCUGCUGGCCCACACGCAGUACACGUUCGAGGUGCAGGCUGUCAACGGGGUGUCAGAUCAGAGCCCAUACUCCCCUCAGUAUUCUUCAGUCAACAUUACCACUAACCAGGCCGCUCCAUCUACUGUAUCCAUAAUGCACCAGGUCAGUCGCACCGUGGACAGCAUCACUCUCUCCUGGUCCCAGCCUGACCAGCCCAAUGGCGUCAUCCUGGAUUAUGAGUUGCAGUAUUAUGAGAAGGAGCAGUCAGAGUACAACUCCACCACCAUCAGGAGCCCGACCAACACCGUGGUCAUCCGUGGCCUCAAACCAGGAAGCAUAUACGUUUUCCAGGUCCGGGCUCGAACCGUGGCCGGGUUCGGUCGCUACAGCGGGAAACUGUACUUUCAGACCAUGACUGAAGAGGAGUACAACACUAGCAUACAGGAGAAGCUGCCACUCAUUAUUGGAUCAGCAGCUGCCGGCCUGGUCUUCCUCAUCGCUGUGGUCGUCAUCAUCAUCGUCUGCAACCGGAGGCGUGGCUUCGACAGGGCUGAUUCUGAAUACACAGACAAACUGCAGCACUACACCAGCGGCCACAUGACUCCAGGAAUGAAGAUAUAUAUUGAUCCGUUCACAUACGAGGACCCCAACGAGGCUGUGAGAGAGUUUGCCAAGGAGAUUGAUAUAUCAUGUGUGAAGAUUGAGCAGGUCAUCGGUGCAGGAGAGUUUGGAGAAGUCUGCAGCGGUAAUCUGAAACUCCCGGGAAAAAGGGAGAUGUUUGUGGCCAUAAAGACUCUGAAGUCUGGAUACACUGAAAAACAGAGGCGGGACUUUCUGAGCGAGGCCAGCAUCAUGGGGCAGUUUGACCACCCCAAUGUCAUUCACCUAGAGGGCGUGGUCACCAAGAGCAGUCCGGUCAUUAUCAUCACUGAGUUCAUGGAGAAUGGGUCUUUGGAUUCUUUCCUCAGACAAAACGACGGUCAGUUCACUGUGAUCCAGCUGGUUGGUAUGCUCCGUGGCAUCGCCUCAGGCAUGAAGUACUUGGCAGAUAUGAACUACGUGCACCGUGACCUUGCAGCAAGAAACAUCCUGGUCAACAGCAACCUCGUGUGCAAGGUGUCCGACUUUGGUCUCUCGCGCUUCCUGGAGGACGAUACCUCGGACCCGACCUACACCAGUGCUUUGGGUGGAAAGAUCCCGAUUCGAUGGACCGCCCCUGAAGCCAUCCAGUACAGGAAGUUCACCUCUGCCAGUGAUGUGUGGAGCUACGGGAUCGUCAUGUGGGAAGUCAUGUCCUACGGAGAGAGGCCUUACUGGGACAUGACCAAUCAGGAUGUUAUCAAUGCCAUCGAGCAGGAUUACCGACUGCCCCCUCCCAUGGACUGCCCCAGUGCCCUGCACCAGCUCAUGCUGGACUGUUGGCAGAAAGAGCGGAACAAUCGUCCCAAGUUCAGCCAGAUUGUCAACAACCUGGACAAGAUGAUCCGUAAUCCCAACAUGCUGAAGGCCAUGACUCCGUUAUCGUCAGGCGUUCACCUCCCUCUCCUGGACCGGAGCAUCCCCGACUUCUCCAGCUUCAGCACUGUGGACGAGUGGCUGGACGCGAUAAAGAUGGGCCAGUACAAAGACAACUUCUCCAGUGCAAACUUCAAUACCUUUGACGUGGUGUCUCAGAUGACUAUGGACGACAUCCUGAGGGUGGGGGUGACAUUAGCGGGUCACCAGAAGAAGAUCCUCAACAGCGUGCAGAUGAUGCGGGCACAGAUGAACCAGAUCCAGUCAGUGGAGGUUUGACUCUUCGUGGAAGAGCAGAGGGAGGAGGAAAAGGCUUUUUUUUUUUUUUAAAUUUUCCAUGUGACAGUGUCUGGGCUUCCCACCAGACGAUCAUUCGUCUCUCCACAUCCCUCUCUCCUCCUCCCCUCGUCACCCUCGUCUCUCCUUCCUUGAAGUAAGUAAUGGAGAGAACGUUCAUGUGAUGAAGCUUCCGAGGGACAACAGCCAACAGCCCACCUCUAAAACCUUAACGUAAAUUUAGAUCAACCAGCGACACAUUUCUAUCUUCUAUCUUCCACCGAUCCUCAUUUGAUGUUGAACAUUUACCGUUUUCAGUUUGUUUGUUCUGAUGAAUUUGUAAAGAGUUUUUUUUUUUAAAAGGACAAAAAAAAGACAAAGUGAUAAAAGUUUUGGAGCUUAUCUAAAUGUAUAGAUGAUAUAAGGUUGUACAUUAGAUGAACUGAGUAGGAACGCUCCCCUUCAAAAAGGGCAACAAAAAAAUGAAAAAAACCAACAAAAAAACAAAACAAAAGAAUUGCUAAAGCGAUGAGACAAUGUGGAUAUUAUGAUCUGAAGUUGAUUUUUGGAGCUGAGAAAAUGGAGUCCUCUUCGGCCUUUUGGAAGGAAGCGCCACAGAGGAGAACCGAGGAGCUGGACGUGCGCUUCCAACUGUUUUCCCAGACGACAGAAGAAAUUCCAAAAGAACAACAUGUAACAGACGAGCUUUGGCAACCGCCGGCGUCCAGACUCUCUCGCUCCGCUCCGUUCAGGACAUUUACGCAGUGAACUCAAUCAUGAAAAAAGAGAAACUAUUGCUCUUAUUUCAAGGAUUUUUUUUCCUUUUCUAUUUCGUGUGAUGUGAAGAUUCCCUCUCUCCAUGCUUCCUCUCACUACGGACAAAAAGUUAAUUUGCUUUGUUUUACAGUGAGUAAAAAAAAAAAUCGCAGUCUGCCAAACAGAACUCUCUCCAUCUAAUCACAGCCGUGCUAACGACGACACAGUGACUCAGAGACAUUUCCGUUGUUCCGUGCAGGAGCUGUGCGAGGAUUUUGUGGUAUCUCUCCAUUUUCUGAUGAAAAAAAAACAACAACUUUCUCCACAAAGGUGCAGUUCCACCUGUUCUGUCCUCCUCCCUCUGCUCCAGUGCUGGCCGUGCACAGCCACGUGCACGUCCGCAAGGUCGCUCCGGAAGUGUGGGGAGUGUGUUGUGAUGGCAUGCUGAGUGAGUGGUUAAUUUCACACUGCUUUGAUUUGCUGCAAUUACCAGAACAGUUUGGUACGAGCUCGGGUUUUGAAACACUUUGCUGAGAAUAAUGUGUCCGCACAUAAACUUCGACUGUUUUUUUUCUUCCUCUUCUUCUCCCAGUUGUGCUCUUCAUGUUUCAGGUAUUUUAUGUUUUCAUUACCAUGCAGGAUCAAUCACACACUAGAUUUCCCAAUCAGGCUUUUGUAAAAUUAAACACACGGUUUUAUAAGUGUUAUAUUAGUGCCGGUUUGUAUGGGUAGUUUUGAAUGGUUUUUAUUUUCAUCUGAUCCUUUUGUUUUUUGGGAGGGUUGGGGGGCCAUGUUGGUGAAUGAAGACCAUGUGGAUGACACUGAUCUUCCCUGCAACGGGUUUAGAUUUGACUCUACAGGCAGUAGCUAUGUUUACUGUAUGUUUUCCUGUGGAUAGAGCUGUCCGUCGAGGACAGGGUUGUCAGUUAUUGUCUGUGUGUUUGUCACUGAUGUGGAGAAAUUGAUGCAACCCAUAGGGGCCGCAGUGACUCCCCUGGGAUGAUAAAUAAUGUGGCUGGUUAUGUGUACAGCCAGGAUGUCAUAUCAACAGUGCCCACCUCCAACUGGGAUCUGAUCAGAGACCUGACAACCAGACAUGGACGUCCAGCUGUGAGUCAUGGGUCAGAUGUGCGCCGUCACAGCGGGGUGGCCCCACCCUGAUCACAGCCACUCUGUCCGGCUGCUGAUUCCCUGUUUCUUGCCUCCAUCAGAUGCACACACACACACACACACACACACACACACGCUCACGCUCUCCUACUCACUCACACACGGGGCUGUCGACUGCAUGUCUGCAGCUCCCACUGAUCUCCUCCCAGUCUGCUCCCAGCAGUUGUUUGGUUUUGUCUUUGUGAGUCAAAAAGCAUCAACAGCAGCUCACAAACUGACACACAGCAUUAGAACUGCUGCUGCCGCUGCUGCAUCCCAUCUUCUUCUGUGGAAAAAAACAAAACAAAAACAAUAUUCCUCCAGAUGUUGCCUCAUUCACAUGAACCAGAUCCUCUGCUCUGGACCAGAUCUUUUCUGGUGUCACUCCAGGCAGCUGGAGCACAGAGACCCUGCUUCAGAAACCCUCUCUGUUGCUCCACUUUUCAUCAUCCCACCUUUCAUUGUGUCUGCCCGUCCAUAGGAUUGUAGGCCAGGAGUGGAGGGAUUUUCAUUCUCUUCAUGCUCCAUAAUCCUCUCCGGUUAUUUCCAUAUGCAGCGUAACACAUCAGAAGGAAUAUUUCCCUGGAAGCUUUUAUAGCAUGUAAAACCCAGGGAGGAGAAUAAUGAGCUGUUAGUCAUAGUGGAGGAGCCAGGGGAAAGGGAUGCUGUGACCUAAAUGCCACUGAUGCCAACAUGCAUUUUUCUUUCUCAAAACAGGGCUCACGACUGUCUUCCUUUCCCACAUCUGAACAACUAACUCCUCACUGCUUUUCAUUAGGUGAGGCCAAGGUUUUUACGUGUUCUACUAACACGGCAAAAAUUCUAUCUUCAAACUCUUUGUGUUGCCGGAGAAAUUCAUCUCAAGUCCACACAGGGAAAGUGUUACUCUCACUCCUUUUACUCCAGGCUUCUUUUUUUUUUUUUUUUAUUAAAAGCCAUUCAGCUGCUUGUCAGAUGGACACUGACAGGUUAUGAAUCACGCAAUUAUCAAAACUUGGCUCCAAGGAAAGACGCUCUGCAGGACGGUUAGACGUACUGUUUUUGAUAAACACCAGGCUGGAGAUGAUUCUUCUGUCAGGGGUUUUUAUUUUCCUGAAGCUGGGAGAAAAAAUCUCAUCCCCCAUUUGUACUGUUUUCAAUUUGAUCUGAAGGAGUCGUUGAAGAACUCCUGUUCCAGUUCAGAGUGUUUGUAAAAAAAACACUAAUAUUUGUGUUGUAUUAUUUAGGCAUCACAGUACAAACAGGUAAAUGUGGGGAGUUAGAACGGAUUGUUGGGACAUGUCACAUUCAGGUGCUUCAGGUCAUCCUGGCUUCCUUAGUGUUCACCGACUGGUGACGUGGUUGGAACUGAAGCUGUGAAAAUGUCCGGUUUGGACGUCGAUGUACAUAAUCUCAGUUCUUCCCAGAGAGCUGGAAGUCACUACGGUGAGUUUUGUUUUGUUUUGUUUUUUGUUGUUGUUGUUUGUUUUCCUGAAACUCGGUGACUCAAGUCGCACAUAAGUUGACUGCAGUGACUUGACUUCAGACUUGCUUUUAAAGACUAAGACUUGGGGCUUGGGAUUUCAUGAAAUUAUUGUUUGCAAAAUUCAUGUUGUAUACAUGAAUAUAAUUUGCGCAACAUGACAAAACACUCAGCAUGUUAAGUCAGGAAAGAACUUUGGUUAUGUAGCCUAGGCUACCAGCUAGCUUCAUUGCUAAGCGGUGUCUGUGUGGAUGUAGGGUGUUUGCUGUUCUAGAAAAGGCUACUGUUGUGAUAUCACUUCCUAAAGAUUUAUGAUGUAAGAAAAAAAAAUUAAACUGUAUUUCAGUUGCAGUUCAGACUUGAGACCUGCCUUAGACUUAUGACAGAUGACUUGAGACCUGACUUGGCAUUUUUCCUUAAAGUUUUGAAAAAUAAAAACACUUGGGAAAUAAGAUUUGAGACUUGCCUUGGUAUUACCCCUCAAAGACUUCAAAGAAUUCAAUACCAAGACUUGAGACUUGACUUUGCAUUUUCCUUUGAGUGACUUGGACUUGGGGAAUAAGAUACGAGACUCGUCUUUGUGUUGCCUCUCACAAAUUUGAGAAUUGACUUGGACCUAAAUACAAAGAUGUCAGACUUGCCUUUGUAUUUCCCCUGAAACACUUGAGACUUGAAUACUAAGACUUGAGACUUGGAGUAGAAUACAGUGACUUGCCAUAACCCAUCAUAGACUUGAGACUUGAUUUGGUUUUAUCCUUCAAAGACCUAAGUCUUGACUCUGACUGAGUCAAGACUUAGUCAAGACUUGAAAAUGAUUUGUUAACAUUUAUGAAUUUUAAGGAACUUAUUAUUUCCUUGCUGAAAUUUCCAGUGGUACAAUAUUUCAUCCAGACAUCAGUGGUGGUAAAUGUGCAAUUCCAGAUUUGCAUGUACAGAUAUUAGGAUUGGAAUGUUUAUUCCCUUUAGGCUCACAGCUUUUAAAACAUUGUGCUUCAUGCUGUUCAUGUCACGCAGAAAGAAUGUGUGUUCAACUUUACAGAUGAGCUUUAAUGGCAACCUUUCCUACGGUCGUGGCACAAAGGUCCCGUCGUCUACACAUAUAGACUGGUUUCUCUGCUUUAACUCUAUUUUAGUUAUUGUCUUUGGAUACUGUAGUAAUGCAGUACACUUCUGGUUUUUACAUUACAUUUGCCUCCUGCAAUGUUCACGCUCCCUGCUUCUUUUUUUUUUUGUUUUUUGUCUUGCCUCCCCCUGCAUCUGUGAAACGAUCCAGCCAGUCCUGUCCUCACUCUGUGCCAAUAUUUGAAGGACGGAGAAAAACCGUUAAGUCUCAGUGUUACAGUUACACGAUAGUGUGCAUAAACAGAAGCCGUGCCAGGCUGCACCCACUGCUGGGCUGCUUUCUGAACGCACUCCAGCUCCAGUUUGGUCAGAGCAGAAGUCGUCAGCCUUCUGAGGUGGCAGACAGAAAAUGGCUCCUGCGUGAUGGCUGGAAGCAUGAAGCACAGAAGCGCCCUCUACUGUUGGGGUGGUGAAAGGACAGAUUUUUGUUUCCACUUCUUUAGCCAUCAGUAGAUGUUAACUGUGACUCCACAAAGCUGUGUUUUUCUGUCGGCAGGACGAACUGUUACACACACCACCAGACCUCUCCUGUUUGUCUCUGUAGUGUUCUCCAUCACCACCACCUCCACCAUCACCAGCAUCACGCCAGCCGUUGGCUCAUGCAGACUCCACAUGUUCCCUCUGCUUUGUUGAAAACCCCACACUGCUUCAGACCACUGUGACUGAUGUGGGAAGGUCCUGUCUGUCUGUAUAAAUGUAUAUUGACUGUAACCCUGUGAAUGAUGUAACAAUUUCAUUAUUUGUAAUAUUGUCAUUGGUCUAUUUUCUAAAAAUGGAAAGUCCAACUUGACUCCUCAAUAAAAAUAAGAUCUGUUAUAAAAACCA